AGCUUUGUGUACAACGCGAAAGAAAACGACCGUAGUAAUUCAAGCUCGGUGCACACAUUCGGAUAUAAAGUGAAGGAGCUCUCGCAGCUUUGCCGGCAUGUCGGAGAAGAGCGAGCUGAAGGCGGAGCUGGAGAGGAAGAAACAGCGCCUGGCGCAGAUCAGGGAGGAGAAGAAGAGGAAGGAGGAGGAGCGCAAGAAGAAGGAGGCCGACCAGACCAAGGAGCCCUCCCCGCCCCGGGACGACUCGGACCUGGAGAGGAAGAGGCGGGAGGCGGAGGCGUUGCUGCAGAGCAUGGGCAUCACGCAGGACGCGCCCGUCGCCCCUCCCCCCAUGUCUCCGACCUCCAAGUCUGCGGGCACGCCGAGUGAGGCGGGGAGCCAGGACUCCGCUGACGGCGCCUUGGGACCCAGGACUCUGCACUGGGACUCUGACCCGUCCACUCUCCUGCUCCACUCUGACUCUGACCUCGGACGGGGGCCCCUGAAGCUGGCCAUGGCCAAGGUGACCCAGGUGGACUUCGCUCCGCGGGAGAUAGUGUCCUACAGCAAGGAGACGCAGACCCCAGUGCAAACGCAGCCAAAGGAAGAGGAAGAUGAGGAGGAGGAGAUGAGCCCCCCAAAAACCGUGCUGGAGGGCCCAGAGGAGCUGGCGGAGCAGCGGGAGGAGGAGGAAGCACCACCGCACGAGCUGACGGAGGAGGAGAAGCUGCAGAUCUUGCACUCGCAGGAGUUCGCCUCCUUCUUCGACCGCAGCGCCCGCGUCGUGGAGCGCGCCCUGGCCGAGCACGUCGACGUCUUCUUCGACUACAGCGGCCGCGACCUGGAGGAGAAGGACGGAGAGAUCCAGGCGGGGGCCAAGAUGUGUCUCAACAGGCAGUUCAUGGAUGAGCACUGGUCCAAGCACAGAGUGGUCACUUGUCUGGACUGGUCCCCUCAGUACCCCGAGUUGCUGGUGGCCUCGUACAACAGCAACGAGGACGCCCCCCACGAGCCCGACGGCGUGGCCCUGGUGUGGAACAUGAAGUACAAGAAGACCACGCCUGAGUACGUCUUCCACUGCCAGUCUGCAGUCAUGUCCGCCGCCUUCGCCAAAUUCCACCCCAACCUGGUGGUGGGGGGCACCUACUCGGGCCAGAUUGUGCUGUGGGACAACCGCAGCAACAAGAGGACCCCCGUCCAGAGGACCCCGCUGUCUGCGGCCGCACACACGCACCCGGUGUACUGUGUGAACGUGGUGGGCACACAGAACGCCCACAACCUGAUCAGCAUCUCCACCGACGGCAAGAUGUGCUCCUGGAGCCUGGAUAUGCUGUCCCAGCCACAGGACAGCCUAGAGCUGGUGUUUAAGCAGUCUAAGGCUGUAGCUGUCACCUGCAUGGCUUUCCCUCUCGGAGAUGUCAACAACUUUGUGGUCGGGAGCGAGGAUGGAUCUGUCUACACUGCCUGCCGUCAUGGAAGCAAAGCGGGGAUCGGGGAGGUGUUCGAGGGGCACCACGGCCCCAUCACUGGGGUGCACUGCCACACCGCCGCUGGCCCCGUCGACUUCUCACACCUGUUCGUCACCUCGUCCUUCGACUGGACCGUCAAGCUGUGGAGCACCAAGAACAACAGGCCGCUGUACUCCUUUGAGGAUAACUCAGACUACGUGUACGACGUCAUGUGGUCCCCCACCCACCCUGCCCUGUUCGCCUGUGUGGAUGGAGUGGGCCACCUCGACCUGUGGAACCUCAACAACGACACCGAGGUUCCCACAGCCAGCGUUGCAGUGGAAGGGAGCCCCGCCCUGAACCGCGUCCGAUGGGCCCACUCCGGGAAGGAGGUCGCCGCCGGCGACUCCGAAGGCCGCAUCCUCAUCUACGAUGUCGGAGAGCAGAUCGCAGUUCCGCGGAGCGACGAGUGGACGCGAUUCGCCCGCACGCUGGCGGAGAUUGGGGACAGCCGCGACGAGGCUGAGGAGCUGGCCGCCCAGCGCCCGCCGGCCUGAUCGCCC